AUGAAUUGUGGAAUAGUACUUUUUAACUCUGCAGCAAAACGCACCAUCAAAGAGCUCCAAAUUGGAGGCAAAUAUCAACUUGAAAAUCGAAAAUUCACGUACAAGGAACUGGAGUUCAUUACUGAUAACUUUAGCAAGAUCAUUGGAAAAGGAGGGUUUGGAAUUGUUUACUAUGGCCAUUUGGAAGAUGCUACUGAAGUUGCUGUCAAGUUGCUGACCAAAUCAUCUUCACAAGGAAAAGAAGAUUUUCUUUCUGAGGCUGAACAUUUGACAAGGGUUCAUCACAAGAAUUUGGUUUCUUUGGUGGGCUAUUGCAUGGAUGAAGAUCAUUUGGCACUCGUAUGCGAAUUUAUGCCCAAGGGAAACCUUAAAGAAUACCUCAAAGCUAGUCAAACUGAGACGCCUUUGAAAUGGGAACAACGUCUCCGAAUUGCCAUUGAUGCCGCACAAGGACUUGAGUAUCUGCACACCGGAUGCAAACCUCCACUUGUUCAUAGAGACGUGAAGACCGCUAACAUACUCUUGAACGAAAGACUAGAAGCGAAAAUAGCCGAUUUUGGACUAUCCAAGCGUUUCCAAGAUGACAACACCGGCCACACAUCCACAAGGAUUGUUGGCACUAUCGGAUACCUUGAUCCAGAGUACUAUGUCAAUAACCAACUCAGCCGGAAGAGCGAUGUGUAUAGCUUUGGAGUGGUUCUUUUGGAACUCAUCACUGGAAAAUCUCCCAUAUUUAGUGAUCUUGAAGACAUUCACAUAGUUCAAUGGGUUAAAGAAAGGCUUGCCAAUGGAAACAUAGAGGAUGUUAUUGACACAAUCAUAUGCGAAGAGGGAGUCCUGAAUUCAUCUUGGAAGGUGGCCAAUGUCGCAUUGGCAAGCACUACACACACUUCGAGUACGAGGCCAACGAUGACUGAAGUGGUGAUGGAGCUAAAGGAGUGCUUGGCAAUGUACACUGAUGGUGAUAAGAUGUUGAAGCAUGGAAGCAGUGAGGUGGAUCCGAAACUCUUGGAAUUUCAUCAUGUCGGAAGCAUUUCUGAUGCUGAAGGCCCUUCGGCUCGUUGA